CUUAAACUCCUGGCUUCAAGUGAUCUCCUGUCUCAGCUUCCCAGCUAGCUGGGACUAUCGGUGUGCACCACUGAACCCAGCUAAUGCUUAUUUAUUGAAUAGACCAGAUGUAUUUUACUUCAAUUAUAUGAAUAUUUAUUUUCUCAAUUCUAGGGUAUGGCAGGGGUUCUGUGUCAUUUCACUGGAAGAGCAUAGAGUCUAGUAAGGGAAGGGAGAUGUGGUAAUGCUCAUUGAAGUGAUGUAAUAAAGAUAUGUGUGAAGAGUUCCUGGAUCACAAAGGAAGGAGCAUGUAGCCUCCCUGGUGAGAGGAGGUGAUAAUGGGUGGUUUUGUAGAGAUGGUAGCUAUGAGCUGGGUUUUGAAGGGUAAAUAAGAGUUUACAGGCAAACAGGAGGGGUACUUGAGGAGAGGGACAGCUGCCAGAGAGAACAGUAUUGGAGCUGAGGGAGUGAGGUUCAGUGCUUGACGGGAGUAGGACCUGGAAGGCUAGAAGUUUGUAGUUUAUCCUGUUUCUCAGUGUAUUCUGUGGCAAUCCAAGCCCCAUGAGAUUCUCUGGGGGGAAAAAAGUUAAGAGAUUCACAUGGACGUUACAACAUUAGACUCUACGAAAUACUUGAUGAUAUUAACCGUUUUCUUGAGCAACAAUGAGCAGAUUUUAACAGAAGUUCCUAUAACACCAGAAACAACCUGUCGAGAUGUUGUAGAAUUUUGCAAGGAACCUGGAGAAGGCAGCUGCCAUUUAGCUGAAGUGUGGAGGGGAAAUGAGCGUCCCAUACCCUUUGAUCAUAUGAUGUAUGAACAUCUGCAGAAGUGGGGGCCACGUAGGGAAGAAGUGAAAUUUUUCCUUCGACAUGAGGACUCGCCAACAGAGAGCAGUGAGCAAGGUGGCCGUCAGACCCAAGAGCAACGAACUCAGAGAAAUGUAAUAAAUGUACCUGGAGAAAAACGCACUGAAAAUGGAGUUGGGAAUCCACGUGUUGAACUCACCCUCUCAGAGCUCCAAGACAUGGCAGCUAGGCAACAACAGCAAAUUGAAAAUCAGCAGCAGAUGUUGGUUGCCAAGGAACAGCGUUUACAUUUUCUAAAGCAACAGGAGCGCCGUCAGCAGCAGUCUAUUUCUGAAAAUGAAAAGCUUCAGAAAUUGAAAGAACGAGUUGAAGCCCAGGAAAACAAGCUGAAGAAAAUCCGUGCUAUGAGAGGACAAGUGGACUACAGUAAAAUCAUGAAUGGCAAUCUGUCUGCCGAAAUAGAAAGGUUCAGUGCCAUGUUCCAGGAAAAGAAGCAGGAAGUACAGACUGCAAUUUUAAGAGUUGAUCAGCUCAGUCAGCAAUUGGAAGAUUUAAAGAAAGGAAAACUGAACGGGUUCCAGUCUUACAAUGGCAAGUUGACGGGACCAGCAGCAGUGGAGCUAAAAAGAUUGUACCAAGAGCUACAGAUUCGUAACCAGCUUAACCAGGAACAGAAUUCAAAACUCCAGCAGCAGAAGGAACUCCUAAAUAAGCGCAACAUGGAAGUGGCCAUGAUGGACAAGCGGAUCAGUGAACUGCGUGAACGUCUUUAUGGGAAAAAAAUUCAGCUAAACCGCGUGAAUGGCACUUCGUCACCACAGUCACCCCUGAGCACGUCUGGCAGGGUCGCUGCUGUGGGGCCUUACAUCCAGGUUCCUAGUGCCGGAAGCUAUCCUGUCCCGGGGGACCCCAUAAAGCCCCAGUCUCUCACUAUUGCUUCAAAUGCUGCCCAUGGAAGAUCCAAAUCCACUAAUGAUGGAAGCUGGCCAACAUUAAAACAGAAUUCUAGCUCUUCAGUGAAACCAACACAGAUGGCCAGUGCGGACUGGAAGGACCCGGGUAUGGAGGGGACUCUCAGGCAGGGCACCAUCUCAAGCCAGCCUUUGCCCUUCUCGGCGUUAGGAGCUACGGAGAAGCCGGGCAUCGAGAUUGGUAAAGUGCCACCUCCCAUCACUGGUGGGGGCAAGCAGCUGCCCCCAAGCUAUGGGACAUACCCAAGUCCUACACCUCUGGGUCCAGGGUCGACAAGCUCCCUAGAGAGGAAGAAAGAAGGCAGCUUGCCCAGACCUGGUGCAGGCUUGCCAAGUCGCCAGAAGCCUACCCCACUGCCCCCGGCAGGCAGUGCCUCCCAGCCCGGCUCCUCACAGCAGAUUCAGCAAAGGAUUUCUGUGCCGCCAAGUCCCACGUACCCAGCGGGGCCACCUGCAUUUCCAGCUGGAGACAGCAAACCUGAACUCCCACUGACAGUGGCCAUUAGGCCUUUUUUGGCUGAUAAAGGAUCAAGGCCACAGUCUCCCAGGAAAGGCCCCCAGACGGUGAAUUCAAGCUCUAUAUACUCCAUGUACCUCCAGCAGGCCACACCACCCAAGAAUUACCAGCCGGCGGCGCAUGGCACCUUAAAUAAGUCAGUUAAAGCAGUAUACGGUAAACCCGUUUUGCCAUCGGGUUCGACAUCUCCGUCACCGUUACCGUUUCUUCAUGGGUCGGCGUCCACCGGCGCGUCGCAGCCUCAGCCGUCUUCAGAGUGUCCCGAGAAAGAGCCAGAGCCGGACGGCCCUGCCCCACCCGCAGACGGCAGCACGGUGGAGAGCCUGCCUCGGCCGCUCAGCCCCACCAAGCUCACACCCAUCGUGCACUCCCCGCUGCGCUACCAGAGCGACGCCGACCUGGAGGCGCUCCGCAGGAAGCUGGCCAACGCGCCCCGGCCCCUGAAGAAGCGCAGCUCUAUCACAGAGCCCGAGGGCCCCGGCGGGCCCAACAUCCAGAAGCUGCUGUACCAGCGUUUCAACACCCUGGCUGGCGGCAUGGAGGGCACCCCUUUCUACCAGCCCAGCCCCUCGCAGGACUUCAUGGGCACCUUGGCCGAUGUGGACAAUGGAAAUACCAAUGCUAAUGGCAACCUGGAAGAGCCCACCCCUGCCCAGUCCACAGCCCCACUCCCUGACGAGCCUGCCCCUUCAUCAGAUGCCAAUGACAAUGAGUUACCUUCCCCUGAACCAGAGAAGCUCAUCUGUCCCCAAACCAUCCACCAAACCCCUGAGCCUGCGGAGGACAAUAACAACAACGUGGCCAUGGUGCCUUCCACAGAACAGGUCCCAAGUCCUGUGGCUGAGGCACCGUCCCCAGGGGAAGAGCAAGUUCCUCCACCAUCUCUUCCCCUUGUUGUCCACCCUCCUGCAGCCUCCACGAGCAAACGGACCAACCUGAAGAAGCCCAACUCCGAGAGGACGGGGCACGGUCUGAGAGUCCGAUUUAACCCCCUGGCGCUGCUCCUAGAUGCUUCUCUGGAGGGAGAGUUUGACCUGGUGCAAAGGGUCAUCUAUGAGGUGGAAGACCCCAGCAAGCCCAACGACGAAGGGAUCACCCCACUGCACAACGCCGUCUGUGCCGGCCACCAUCACAUCGUGAAGUUCCUGCUGGACUUUGGGGUCAACGUGAACGCUGCUGACAGUGACGGAUGGACACCGUUGCACUGCGCCGCUUCCUGUAACAGCGUUCACCUCUGCAAACAGCUGGUGGAGAGCGGCGCCGCCAUUUUUGCCUCAACCAUCAGUGACAUUGAAACUGCAGCAGACAAGUGCGAAGAGAUGGAGGAGGGCUACAUUCAGUGCUCACAGUUCCUGUAUGGGGUGCAGGAGAAGCUGGGUGUGAUGAACAAAGGUGUGGUGUACGCUCUGUGGGACUACGAGGCCCAGAACAGUGACGAGCUGUCCUUCCACGAAGGGGACGCCCUCACCAUCCUUAGGCGCAAGGACGAAAGCGAGACCGAGUGGUGGUGGGCUCGCCUUGGGGACCGCGAGGGCUAUGUGCCCAAAAACCUGCUGGGGCUGUACCCACGGAUCAAACCCCGACAGCGGACACUCGCCUGAGCGUUCUUCGAGCACCGCGUGGUCUUGCCAGCUACUAGGAGCCACUGAAGAGACGAUUCUGUCUCCCCGGGAGCGCUGAAGCUAGAAGCGGUUUUAAUGGUGCUCACUUUAGCAGACAGCGUCCACAAUGUGAAUCCCCGCAGCUCCCGGGGAGGCCCUUUCUCCAGCUUGCGCGUGACUGGGAGAGGUACUUUUGCCUCCAAGAGGACUUGAGUUUUGCCAAUUACUGUAAACCCAAAUAAAUACCCAGCUUUCAAAACACCCACCCCUGUUGCCAACAAGCCCCAUAAUUACCCCCUGGUUGGUUGCCAGUGAAGACAAAAGCUCUUACUGUCUUGGCCCCAAGGCUCACUCAUUUCAGAUGUCACCACAGCAGUGAAGACCUGCAGCUGUUGGGCCUGCCCCCAGCUACAGCCCUGCCCUCCUGCUCCUGAAGGUCAGAUGCCACCGUCCCUCCUCACCUCCCCCGAGUCCUCUUCCUGUCAUCACCAAAGGAGCCCUGUAUGGAAACUUCUGUCCAGUGCUGCCCGAUGUGUGUUCCUCAGUGACCACCCUGUGUAGCCACUUUGGGGUGUUCUGCUUCCUGUUCUGGUGUUGGUCUAGGUCACCCAAAGGUGGACGGGUGCCAGCCUGGUGCUGGACUUCCGUGCCACGGGCCCCUAAGACCACGUGACACAGCCCGGAGCACCUCGGUGCACACUCCUCUGAGUGCACCUGGACGCCAUAGAGGGCAGAGCUGGGGGCCACAGUCACCUUUGCCCUACUUCCAGCCUCAUGGCAAGGAAGGACGUCACCGAGGUAUGGAUUGCACGUACAGGCUUUUUAUAUACCAAAAGUAUUUUUUGACUAGACCAUUCGAAACUACCAGAACUACAUUGGAAAUGUUUUUUUCUCUUCAUUAAAAUACAAGCCCUUAGGGCUUUAUUUUUCAUGUA